ACUUGUAGCAAAACUAUAUAAAAAUUUACUAAAAGGAAUAAUUCAUGUUACGUUCAGCAUUUGCUGCAGCGCUGAUGUCAGAUUCAACAUGGCAACCUUCAAGGAGUAUCUUGUAACCGAUGGCUAUGCAAAAUUUUCUGCAGCCAGGAAACUAGAAACGGAAGAUUCUAAAAAUGACCCCGAAGAUGAUCCAUUUAGGUCCAGGUACAAGGCUAGAGAAACCUAUGGUGAAAUCAGAACCGCUUUAAAGGGGUACAUAAACGACGAUGCUGAAAAUGUGACGCUGACGCGUUUUCUAGCGGUUUUAGAUUUUUACCUGGGUAUCAAUUUCAGUGAUACUGAAGAAAUCGCAGCUGGAGAGGAGCAUCUGAUGAAUUCACUGCAAUUACUUGAAGAUCAGAGGUAUGACAGAGAAGUCGCUAACGUCUAUCAAACGGUUCUCAAUCAUCUUUCAAUAUUGUGGUCAGGAAGAAGGAACAUUGACAAAUCAAUGAAAUAUCUCAAACAAGCAGAAUCGCUGUAUAAGAAAUUCAAACGUGAUGUUGGAAAUGAUCCCCAUACUGUUGAAGAAUAUUUCAAACCCGACGAGUCUGAUCAAAAUGAUAUUGCUGCAAUUUCUAAGACAAGAUCAAAACACUUUGAAGACACAUAUACUCUAACAUUGUUCUACAUUGCCCAAGUCUAUGCACUUACUGAAAAGAAAGAGGACUCUGCCAAAUAUUGUCAUGUAACACUUCAAAGACAGUUGGACUCAUUUACAUACAAAGCUGAUGAAUGGGCUCUUAAUGCAGCCACACUGUCACAGUAUUACAUUACUGUUGAUAUGUAUCACUUUGCUCGUCAUUGUUUAGCAAGUGCAUCAUUGAUAUUUGAAGAAGCUGCAUCAAAGGAAGAAGACACAGAUGAAGACACCAAGGAGCAAAUGGCACAGAAGCGAGCUGAUAUUGACAGAUGUUGGUCUAAAUAUGGCCUUGCACUUCUAGAGGCUUCUAAAGACUAUUUAAUGAAAGAGGUUGAGGAUGCAAGGGAGGAAGUGUCUCCUGAUGAUCACAAUGCAGAUGUUAAAGAUGGGGCCAGCAAAUUUUCACUUUCAGAUUCAGAAGCUGGUAGGUCUGAGGAAGAAAAUGACUCAUCUGUAAUUUUAGAUAUAGAGAACUGCAAAACAUUUCCACGAUUUAACCUGGAAGUAACAAAUUAUGAGGAGAAAAUUACUGAUCAAUUUGUCAGAGAUUUUUCUGAAGCAAGAGAAGUGUUCUUAUCAGUCCAGACACGACUGAAUGAUGCAAAAAGGUUUUAUGUUGUGGAUGGACACUGCUCUGACUACAUCCAAAUCAUCCAGGACAUCAGUAAGGCUUACAAGGAACUGGCAUUCUUUGAAUUGGAUAUGGACCGUCAGUGCAAAAUGCACAAACGGCGGGUUGACAUGCUGAAUGAUACCUUGACUGGUCUCAACCCAAAGUAUUAUCUUCUAGUCUGUCGACAAAUUAUGUAUGAACUCGCAGAAACCUACAGUACCAUGGUGGACCUGAAGUUAGGGAUAAUGGAAGCAGAGGGCAGAGGCCCAAAUCCACAUUCUGUCAAAAAGAUCAACACUCUUGCACAACAGAGUAUUGCACAAUACAAUGCUUAUUUGGAGUCUCUGAAAGAUGGAAAGCCAGACUUUCCGGAGGAAUUUCAUGAAAAUGAUGUGCGUCCAGCACUGGUAGCCAUGUUUUGUUUGGGUAGGCUGUAUUCAAAGAUUAUUUCACCAGAGAUUCCAUACAGACUGGCUCUGAUGAUGAAAAGUGUAGAGUGCUAUAAGUUUGUUGAGACAUAUUGCGAUAAGCACCCAGACAUCAAAGGGAGGAUGGUUAAUGAACUGGGUAUAAGUAGGGAGAUGGUUGUUCUCCUGCCCCUCAAGAUGGAGAAAAUCAGGACCGGAGACCUCUAGGUGCUGCAUUUAUAAUCAUGAACAUUUAUUGCUCUUCUGAAUACUAAGAUGAGAUGUUGCUGCAUAGAACAGAGACUUUAAUCAUGAUUUAAGUUUCAACUUUCAUACAUCAUAAGAUAAGAUAUUUGACUUAAAGAAUGUACCUUUUAAGCUUACCAUAGGGGCAGUGGGGUAGCCUAGUGGUUAAAGCGUUCGCUCGUCAUGCCUAAGACCCGGGUUCGAUUCCCACAUGGGUACAAUAUGUGAAGCCCAUUUCUGGUGUCCCCCCGCUGUGAUAUUGCUGG